AUGGCUUCAUCUAUAUGGUGGGUAAUAUUAACAUUAACAUGGUUUCUUGCUGCAGGCUUUAAAUGGUCAUCAGAAGCAAUAGCUCAUUAUUCACUUUAUUAUCAUCUUAUUGCAUGGCUUUUACCAUGUUUACAAACAAUAGCAAUUCUUAUGUUAAAUGGUAUUGAUGGUGAUCCCAUAAGUGGUAUAUGUUAUGUUGGACAUACAGAUUCAUCAAUGUUACGUGGUUUUGUUAUUUUACCAUUAAUUGCAUUUUUAACAAUCGGAACAAUAUUUUUAUUAGGUGGUUUAAUAAGUUUAAUGCGUAUAAGAAAUGUAAUGAAAAAUCAAGAUCGUACAAAAACAAAUAAAUUAGAAAAACUAAUGGUACGAAUUGGUUUAUAUUCAAUUCUUUAUACUGUUCCAGCAACUUUUGUUAUUGGAAUUUAUUUUUAUGAACUUCAUUAUCGUUUAGCAUGGGAAGAAAAUCUUCAUUGUAAUAAUUGUCCUAAUCGAUCAUAUUCAUCAUGGACAAAUCAACCAAAUUUUACAAUUUAUAUGGGAAAAUAUUUUUUCUUAUUAAUUGUUGGUAUAACAACAGGUUUAUGGAUUAAUUUAAAUAGUAAAACAAUUUUAUCAUGGAAAAAUUUUUUUUGUCGUUGUUUAUGUUGUAAACCUACACAUGAAAAUCAUCAUUAUCAUUAUGCAAAUCAUCGUGGAAGAGAUGAUUACGGAAUAAAUUAUUCUUAUAAACAUACAAAAAUUAAUGGAAGUAAAUAUUCAUUACCAUCAUCAAAACAAAUGCCUUUAGUACAUGUAUAA